CUAAGUCUAAGGUACUGAAAAAAAGUUACUGACGGUAAUUAUUUUUAUUUUUACACAAGCUAAAAGUUAUUUAGAAGUUUAAAUAAAUAAAAUUGUUUUUGUGUAAUAAUAAAUUGAGUUUUUCAUUUGAAAGUGUUUUGUAAUAUGGGAUUGGAAAACAUGCGUCGCUGGCCUAUGUAUAUUGUGUUUGCGGUGUGUAUAUUGUUGACCCUUUCACUAUUCAAUAGUUGGAGUAUGGAAAACGAAUUACAAAAUAAGAUUACCGGAAUUAGUACACAGUUACAACAAUGCUCGAAACAGCAGACUUUGUGCAUGGAAGAAUCAUUAAGAUACAUUCAACAGCGCGACGGUUUCAACUCUAAAAUAAACGAACUCGAAAAUAAUAAGAUUAGAAUAUCGAAUGAUUUAUCUGAUUAUAAGGAAAAACUGUCGAAAUCAGAAACUAAAGUUAAUCGAACACUCGUAGACGUGGAACUAUGCAAGACAGAAUUACAGUCUUUACAAAACUUGCAGUUGAGUAAGUCAGCAACCUUAGAAACAUUGAGAUUAGAAAAAGAAACUUUAUCUAGUCAAUUAGACGAACGUAAAUUAAAGAUUGAUGAGUUGGAAAAAGAAGUUUUAAGGCUGAAAGCAUCAAUGACCACCAAAAGUGCUCCAAAUCCUCAAGUGCCUUCAAAAGUCACACCAGCUGCACAGCCACCAAAGCUGAGUUCAUCUCUAAAUGCUCCUGUUCAUGAACCUGUCCUUGAAGAUAAUGCUAAAGAAGACAUUGAGGAUGUGAAUGCAUUUAAUGAUGGAAACAACUUUGGACAACAGAAAUGAUUAUGGACAGUAGAUGCUAAAACUAUAAAACAAAUAUUCAUAUAGUGGGUAUUGUAUGGCAUAUGUAGUCUGGUGGAAUAUUUUACAUUUCAUGUGAAUCAUAUUCUAAAAAAGUAAAUAUUUUAGAUGCUAUUUCUAUUUUUAAUAAAUAGCAUAUUUGGAAUUAAGGUCCUUUGCAAUAAAUAGUGGAUGAUGUGUCAAGCUAUUUGAAGAAUGGGAUGUAUUUUAUAUAUUGUUAUGCAGAAUUUGUUGUUGAAUUUGUGCAUAAGUUGAAAAUAUGUAAAUGUUGCUCCUUAUCAAAAUUCAAGUUUAUAAGUUUUUUCAAAAUUAAGUGCUAUAACUGAUUACAAAUUGAUAUUAAAGUUUAUGUUGUCCGACCUUUUGGUUUUGUAAUAAAAUGGUAUAGAGUUCAUCUGCAAACUUACUGUUAAUUGUAAAACUGUGUGUUUAUCUGUUGUGGUAUUUUAACUGAAAUUAAGAAUAGAUACGUGAAAAUAUUUAUUGAUGUAGGUGUUACUUUGCAGAAAUCCAUAAUUAUACAAAUGAUUUGAGUUUUCUUUAGUGUUAAUUCCGCUAAUGUUGUCUCGACAAAAUCUAAAAAAAAGCCGAGAUAACAUGUCCUGAGGAUGCCUCAUGUAGAGGCGAAACACGUGUCAAAUUGUUUAAAGACAAAUAUUGGCGGAAUUAACACUAAAGAAAACUCAAAUCAUUUGUAUACGUAAAAAUAUAACUAGCAUGACAUGCAUAUUGGAACACAGAUUUGUAAGUAAUAUUAAGUCUGCCUAUUAUUGUAAUUUGUAGUGCAUGGACCUUGCGAUGUUAACCUGCAGGAAUUAUAGCAAUCAUAUCACUGUUAUUGUGUAAUAACAUACUGUUGUAACUGAUAAGUUAUGUUUGUUAUAAUAUAAAGAUAACUCACCAGUAAAUUAAAACUGGCUAUUCAAAUAAGACCCAAAACGUAAAUUAAACGCAUGUUUUUCCUCCUUUUCCAUAAAAGAAAAGUAACCCCUACCACACUAUUAUUGCAAUUACAAUCUACCACAAUUAUAAAGUAGUAGAAGUAUUAGAAAUGAUAUCAAAAAGUAUUCUAAAGGAAUCAAUUUUGAGAAAAUAAAUGCAUUUAAUGCCUUUGAUCAAUGAAAUUGUACAUUAUUAAAUCAUACCGGCUCAAAACGUACUAAAUGUCAAAUGUAUAAUCAUGGCUUUUAGACCAAAUAAUACGUAAGUACACUACACAGUGUGGUUAUUGAAGUUCUAUUGUCAAGGUUAGGGUGGCAGGUGCAGUGUGAAAUGAUUAGGCUAUAUAACUUCACACUGCAUUUGAUGUAAUAAUUAUUCAUAUCAUAUUGCCCUUAACAUGGGUAAAUGAAUGAAAUGGGUAUGAGGCACACACAAUGGAAAGUGAAAACUAGUAGUCUCCGCAAUACCAGAGCUCAAGAUAUGCUGACUUAUAUUGUAUAAAUUGAAUUUGAUGAUUAAUGUAUUAAUGAAGUAUAUUCUAUUUAUUAUCAGGGAUGUCACAUCUAUAUACACUCUGUCACGUUUAAUAACUGUUUGUUAAAAAAAGUGAUGUUAGACAGGGGAUUAUGACAGGUUCAUAAUUUAAAAAACCUACCUUUCUGUAAUUAUUGUGAUCUAUUUGAGGGUGACUGGAAGUCAUGAUAUGUAGAGAGGCUUUUUGAAAUGGGAUUACAAUAUGACCUUUAAUUAGAUUUUAUUUAAUUAAUAUAAUAUCACUGCAACUAUCACAACUAUAUCUAUGAUCAGUAUCAUAAACAUGACAAUCAUGAACAGUAAUUAUAAUUAGUUUUUUUACUAAAUUAAUUGUAUAUUAAGAUCAUGUUUAACUGUUAUUUUAUAAGUUUUUUUUUAUUAUGUACAAGAAGAUAAAAUAAUAGACCAUAAGUAAUGAAUUUGCCAAUUCUUUAAUAUUAAUUAUUUUAAAUUAUAAUAAUUAAAAUUGUACAAAUACUUUUAUUGACAUUAUUUUAUAUUUGUAAUGCCAUUGUGUGCCAGAAUAUAGAUCUGAUAAUAAUUUUCAAUUGUUUUUCUUGCUAUUAAUUUGAACUUACUCUGAGCAUGUACUCCAUAGCUGACAUAAUAAUUACAUAUUUUUUUAUUAAUUAAGUAAGCUUGUAAUAGGCAAACAGUGAUUAAGUAUCAGUAAGUGAUAACUAUAGUGUACAUGCACUAAAGCUAUCACUUACUAUAUAGUUGAUGUACCUAAGAAAUAAAAAAUUUUAGCAUUCAGUACUGUAUAUCUGGGGCAUACUUUCUGUUCUAUAUCUGUUCCUAUUUUUUAAAAGUGCUUGUUUGUAUAUUAAUGGGACGUAAAACAUUCCAUCUGUUUAAGUCUGAGAGUGACAAACACAGUCAGGGGUGUGCAGUCCAUAUAGGCAUUUAGGCAGUGGCUAUAUUAAUAAGAACCUAAAUGAAUAUACCACUGCUAUUAUUCUAUAACCUUAAGGUUUAGCUUACUUAUUUUUAAAACAACAAAAUUGACAUGUCGAGAGUAAAUCACAUAACCAACCUCUUUGCUAUAAAUGUGCAAUACCUAAAUAUUAUACCAUAAACAUAUCUUGUAGUACGUGUAGUAAUACAAGUAGGUACUUGUAUCUACAGUGCCUACCUUGCUAGAAAAGUAAUGCACACCUCUGAACACAGUGUAGCAUGAUCAUAUCACAUUUGCUGUAUUAAGUUGUUGUGAAGUGCUACAAUGGAAAUUAAAUUGUCAUGAACAGUAUAGCUGAGAUUAAUGAAUUUCAUUCUGAAUUCCAUUUUCUGCCCAUAUGUUUGCUGCUAUCUUAUACUCUAUUAAAUUCAGAAUUGAGCAAAAUUCAUCUCAUUUCAGGAUUGCAAGAGCAAUAGUUUUUGAGAUGUUACUUAUAGGCUAUUUAUAUAAUAUAUACUAUGAUGAGGCCCACUCAUUAAUAAAACCCAACUACAUUACAAACUCUGAAACCAGUAAAUUAUCUGAGUAUUCAA